GUGCUCAGAUAGGCCCAGGGACUGAGGUCCUAAAGCUGUCCUAGUUUCAUUCAUACUUAGACCUACUAUAGAUACUCAGCGUCAAAAAUGCUUAAUCCAAGACUGAAGCGAUUCUUCAAUUUAAAACUGAAUCGUUGACUAUUCUUUCCGAUUUUUCCUGCAUUCAGUAAGUGUCCCGGUAAUAAUACAUCCUCAUUGUUCACCGCGUGCAUCUUUCUCUCCACUGUGUUCGUCUAAUAUAAAUUUUAAACUCAGUUCAUUCCUGUUAUUUUCCCUUUCACGUGUUUUCCAGUUGAUGACAGACGUGUUCCACAAGUAUUGUGUUGAUUUUAUACUAUAGCACCAACUCGACUUCAGUUGUUAUUAACGACACGUUUAUGAACAAUCAAAUGGUCCCAUAAAAAUUUAUUGGGAGACAUAAAACCAAUGCGAGACCACUUGCAGAAUAUAGCCACUUCAGCAGGCAAGUUUUCAAGCGAGUUACUAUUCCCACCUUUCCGAUUUUUAAACAUCGGUUUACAAGACAGAUUAUUUCAAUAAGGCAUGUAACCUUGUUUUGCUGUCCAUAAGACCUUUGUAUAAAACCACCCGCUGUUUUUCAGAAGAACCUUUAAAAACAAAAAGGCUGAGAAACUGCAGAACAAAAUCACAUUUUAACCGGUUUAACUUUUUAUAUUUAUUACAGCUCGGAAAAUGCGCAUUUUGCUCAGUUGAGCGCAAUAGUUUUCUAUGGAGACAAACUAAUUACAUCAGCAAAUAGUCCGUAUAGGUGGCUGCCAACGUACCUCUUUCUGCGAUACGGUGAUACGGAUCUCUAUGGUGUUUCUGUUUUAUUAUUAAACACCGGGGAAGGUUAUGUAUCAUUUUAAUAUUAAAGUUCUGCCACGUAAUAGUACAGCGCUAAAUUAUAGAUCUGAAUUCCCGAAGUGCAUUGCUAUUCCAGAAAAGGAUGGCGCAUUGAUCCAACAAGCAGUUUUGGGGAGGGAGGGGGGUAACUAUAAUCACGUGUGGUACAAACAACCAAUGGCAGCUAGAAAGACUUGUAGAAAUAAUUACCUGGCUUGAUUGUUCAAUGGGCAGAUAAAAAAGUACACAUACACUCCAUAUAAUAAUCGGAUGCAUGUAAAAGAGACGGGGAGGUUCGUCAUGUCGACCACUGGUCCCAUAAGUAAUUAUUAUGUGGAUUCCUUGAUAAACCAUGAAAACGACGAGGUCCUGGCGACUCGAUUCUCCACUGCUGGAUCGCUUUCCUCCGGCUCCCGUCCGACGCCCAUAGUACCGGAGUGUGCCGAUUUUCCUUCCUGCAGCUUUACCCCUAAACCUUCCGUUUUUACCACGUCUUGGGCCCCAGUUCACUCACAGUCCUCAGUGGUCUAUCACCCAUACACCCACCAGCCUCACUUAGGAACGGAUUCCAGAUAUAUACGCUCCUGGCUGGAGCCGGUCUCUGGUACCGUGUCCUUCCCAGGCUAUCCAGCAAACAGCAGACACUACGGGCUGAAACCUGACGCCUUCCCGGAGCGCAGAGUCGGUGAAUGCUUGGGAUCCAAUGGACGCGGAUAUUCGGAUUAUCUGUACAGCUCUUCUUCUGAAAUUCGUGAUAAGACGCCGCAGAACGUCCCUUCUCCGGAAUCCGAGGUUUUGGCUCCAGACAAGCACAAAGACGACAAGUCCGAAUUAGAUCCAAAUAACCCUGUGGCGAAUUGGAUCCACGCGCGCUCCACACGGAAGAAGCGAUGUCCUUACACCAAAUAUCAAACUUUGGAGCUUGAAAAGGAGUUCUUGUUCAAUAUGUACCUUACAAGGGACCGUCGAUAUGAGGUUGCGCGAGUCCUAAACCUGACGGAGCGACAGGUUAAAAUAUGGUUCCAGAAUCGACGGAUGAAAAUGAAGAAAAUGAACAAAGAAAAGAGCGACAGCAAAGGACAGUAGUGUGCAAUUGAUCAACAUAAAUGGGAAACAUAAACAAGAAUUGGAAUUCAGAUUGAGCAAUUUACCCUACAACUCCCGAGAAAACAGCACAGACAGAAAGCGUUAGGCCAUUUUGUGAAAAUUAGUUUGAUUUUUAGUUUGCGAAACAUUUUAUGAUGUUUUAUUAUAUUCUCUUUUUUGGAUACUGUCCAUCAUGCGACAUUGUUUAAUAUUUAGUGUUCCUUAGAAUAACACCACAGUUGUGUUGAGGCGAUUAAUUUCCUUUGAUGGCGGAAUUGUACUUAAAAGGACAAUGACUGAAAUAGGCCUAUUUACUAGUGAACAGCGAAAGUACUUGAAUUUUUUUUAUUUUACUUUGUAACUUAUGACGUUCUUCAUAUGUCAAAAAAGAUAUCAACGUGUCUGUGUAUGUAUUUGUGUGGUAUUAUAAUAGUUUUGAUGUACUUAUUCGUGUAUUUUUACAUUACUUCAAAUCCGUAAAGUUAUAACCUGUUGUAGAAUGUAGCUACAUUGAAAUAUAUACAAUAUCACCUUGCA